CAGCAAUAAAAAGGAGAGGGAAAAGGAGCAUCAGCAGAGAGCUGCAAGGAGCACAUCCCAGGUGCAUCAGCUGUCCUCCUGCUGCAGAGAUGGUGCAAGCAACUCCCUUGCUGCUGGUGCUCUUCCUGGCCCUGGGGGCUCAUGGCCUUGCUGUGAAGAAGUGCUCCCUGACCGGGCGCUGGGUCAAUGACCUGGGCUCCAACAUGACCAUCGCAUCCGUGAACGCAAAAGGUCUCUUUGCUGGCUCCUACCACACGGCUGUGACAGCCACCUCCAACGAGAUCAAGCAGUCACCACUGCAGGGAUCCAUGCAGAAGAGCCCUAACCAGAAGGGCCAGCCCACCUUUGGCUUCACCGUCAACUGGAGCUUUUCAGAUUCCGUCACUGUUUUCACGGGCCAGUGCUUCGUGGAUGAGCAAGGAAAGGAGGUUCUGAAGACCAUGUGGCUGCUGAGGUCACAUGUGGACAGCAUCAAAAAUGACUGGAAAGCCACCAGGGUGGGCACCAACGUCUUCACCCGCCUGCAGUUACAGGAGUGACGGUGACAGCGGGGGCUUCCCAGCAGUGCCAGGGCUGUGGCCCUGCUCCUGCAGCACCACCUGCUUCUCCCAAUAAAGCUUUGCUGCAAGCAC